CUGAUUACCCCCCCUUUCUUUAUCCCUUUCUUCCCCUACCGAUCUUCCUAGUUCUUAUGUCAUGCUUCUGUUUUUUUAUCAUGUCUGUGACCUGGAGGUUUCUUUGCUGGCCUCUUUUAGCCUGCUGUAAGCUGAGUGUGAUUUUAACUAAAACUAGAUGCGAGCUCCACGUGUCCACGGCAGUGCUCAGCACCAGGCUGAACACAGACCACUGAGGACACCUGGGAAGCUUUGUGGAGCUGCCCUGCUCCCUCUCCUUAUGUUCAGUAUUAGUGACACCUACUUCCUUUAAGAUAAAGAGGCUUUAAUUUCUUCUGCACCCAAGGGGCUCACCUUGUGCCCCCUCCCCCUGGGAUGUGGACCCCCAGCAGGGAGAGUUGAAAUUGGUCCCUGUGGGAAUCCUGAGCUUUAAAAAAUGCAGACCCUCCUCCCCUCACCCUAAUUUCUGACUCACGGGGCCCAGGAAUUGACACUCUAAUAAGUCCAACUAGCAAAUGGAGCCAUGUUUGGGGACUGUUAAAGAAAAAAUAUUCUAUUAAAUAGAAAAUUAUUCAUGACAGUUAAAAAUAUCAAGGCAGACUUUAUUCAAAGGCGGGUACUCCAGUGGGGUUUUGUAGUAGGGGAGAGCCCUCAGGCUUAACUCUGGAUGCAGCAAGGAAAGGGACUUUACAGCCAAAGAGCAGAGUGGCAGCAGUGGAUGAAAAGUUACGAAGAGGAAACACCAGGGGUGUGGGGGUCGGGGGUCGGGCUCUGGCUAAACUCAGCACCAGGAUUCUUGCUGAAAGCAAUUUAGGUGAUCAGACAUCACCUGGAAUUUGGUGAACGAUGAGGAACCGGCCCAAAUGUGAGGGUGAUCAGGAUUGGGGGGCGGGGGUUCUGGCUAAAAUGACUUGGUAGGAUGCUUGCUAAAACUGGACAAUGCAGAGAGGGGCAGGAAGGCUCCAAAGGCAGGGCCUAGAUGAGAGCAGAGGAGCCCAAGCAGAGUUUGGUCCAGGAGGGACUGUGAGGCCGCCGGACCAACAGCAGGCGAGUCCCGGUCCGGGCAUGGACGCCGACGGCGCGAGCUGCCUGCAGGGGGCGCGCCGGGUCUCCGGUCGUGCAGCGGCCCGGGCCGGAAGUGCCUUGGCCGCGCGGGGCGGGGCCGGGUCCCCACCGCCGCCCGGGGCCGUCUCUCCGGCCCGCCCCGGAAGCCAAGAGCUGCGCGUGAGCCCAGGAGGCGGGAAGCCAGGCUGGAGGAUCGCGUGUUCAGGGCUGAGCUCUGCCCAGCCGCCCGCUUCCCGGGGCCCGCGAGCCAGCGAGCGAGCGUGCGGGAGGCCUCCCUCCCGCGCGUCCCGCGUCUCCCGUGGGCAGCCAGGCCUGGCGUGCAAGCCCACGUGCAGCCCCUCCGCUCUCGCCCCACGCAGGAAUUACAGCGUGACUCCCAUUCAGGACACACCUAUAAUUCCUGGUGUGAUGAGAGUGGGGUUUGCUGUCCUGAAUUAGAAAAGCAAGUCAUUAAACCUGGGCCCUGACUCAGCUUCGGGAGAGAAAAGAGAGAUGGGAGACUUAAAAUCUGAGGAUAAAAAGAGGGUCCUUCCCACAUGGAUGACAGCCCAGGAGGCCAAGAAGAGAAAGGUUCCAGCGAAGACCCCCAAGGGGAGGAGACCUGCGGCAGUGCAGGGGUGUGCUGCAGCAAGACUCACCACCGUGAGGACCGUGUACUGCAUGAGUGAAGCUGAAAUGGUAGAUGUCGCUCUGGGGAUCCUGAUUGAGGCCCGGGAACAGGAAAAGCCCUGGGAGUCACCGACUCUGGCUGGCGCUGAUAAGCCAGAGCUGUCCCCAACCUGCUCAACUCUGUCACCGAGUUCUCCUGGGAGUAGAAGUGAGGAUGAGGACAAUGGGAAAGACGCCCUUCCUCCAGGCCUCAAACCUCCUCAGGGGUGCACGGGGUCUGACCCUGCGUGCAGCAGGAGCCCUGAGGAGGACGAGGACGAGGACGUGUUAAAAUACGUCAGGGAAAUAUUUUUCAGCUAAGGGACAGACUUCCCAGGACUUUCUACCCAGGGCGGUGAGGGAAGCCGGCUUUCCCUCCCGGCCCGGGGCCUGCCCAAGGAUGCUGACGGGGCCCAGUCCUCCCCUCCGUGGGCUGGCAGAUGCCACAAGGCAGGGAAGCCCAGGAGGGUCUGGGCCUUGGGAGCUGUGCUGAGUGUGUGGAAGUGAGGAAUCAGAAUGAGCCACCAUCAGUUCUCUCUGCACUGCACCUCCUCAGCUCGGAGGGUCUGACUUUAUUCACUUCCAGGUCCGGGGAAAAGGCAGACGUGGGGUUCACACUUACUGGAACCAAGAGUCAACUUAAUAAUUUUGAAAGAAGAAAAUGUAUGGCUGCUACGUUCACUGGAAUUCCGACAGUUUAGUCAGCGUGAUCUUUCCCUCAGGAGGAAGCCUAUAUGAAACCGAGUUCCCGUCACCCGUGCAGCCCGGGAGGCAGAUGUCCUGCCCACAGUGCUCUGCCUGCGAUCCGCCCCCCACGCUGCCACCUUCCUUCCACUUGGCGGCUCAUCCUCUGUCCCCUGGGCCGUUGUAAAGCGAGAGUGGGACAGGAGCCCGCAGGAGACCCUACAGACGAGAACCCGCCCAAGUCCGUAUUUCUGUCUCUGUUCAGUGUGGUUUGGACAGGCAUGGAAGGAGGCAAUCGUUUGCUGUCCAGGUUUUUCCGAUACACACGUGCCGAGAAAUACAAACCGUUCCCCAAGGC